AAGUCCGCACGCCAGUAGUUCCGAAACGCUCGUCGCGCGAGGACCGCAUCGCCUCGCGCUCCCGUGCAGCCCCGAUAUUUAUACUCUGUCUCGCACUCGCGCUCUUUCUCUCCGUCGAAAAUAACCGGUGCACCAACGGACUUCCCGGAGCUCUCGCACGCCCACUUCGCUCUGCCUCUGUGUGUGUGUACAAAGAACCAGUUUGCGCGCGAAUCGCGACUCACCUGCUCUCUCGGCGGCCGCUUUGAUCCGCCGCCGCAUUUUCCGCGCUCGCGUGUGUGACUUGACUCUGCAUCGGCGGCGAGAAAGUUUUGUUUAUAUACUCUGUGUGUGCGCGCGUGUGUGCCAGUCAACUCGAGAACUCGCAGCUCGCGCAGUGAUGCUGUAAGCCAGCGAGCGGCCAGCCAGAGCUCCGACGAAUCUCCGUGCACUGACUGUCGAGUGAAACCGCGCCGAGUAACCAUAAGCAUACAUGGCCGUCAUGGCUCGAGUACCGAUGCUCGCGGCCCUGAUGCUGCUGCUGUCGCUGCACCUCGGCCUCGGCGUCGAGGUGCCCGAGGGCCCGAACGUCCCGGUGACGAGUAGCAGCGAUGGCGACGACAUAACGAUACUUCACUGCUGCCAGCCGGGCUACGAUCUGCUGAGCGAGACCAAUCAGACCUGCGUCAAGUCGGCCAACUCGUACUACACCGAAGUCUACUCGCCGGCCAAGCAGAGCCUGGUGAGCUUUGCAUCCACCGGCUGGUCUACGCGCUACGGCAUACGGCCCGUUUGCGCCGGCUCGAGCAGUCUGCACUUCCUCAAGGCAAGCAAGAUCGACCCGUUCACCCUCGACGAGGACAACGGCAACCUCCUGUACGAGCUGAGGAUCUUCGUGCCUACCAACCAGUACUGCGUCGGCCUCGCGCACGCUCUCGCUUGCCUGCCCAACAACGACGAGAGCUUCCAGGCCGCCGCCACCAUGAGGCCUCGAAUCAGGAAGUGCUGCGGAAACAACGCCGACUACAUUGACUCGAAGAAUUCGUGCGAGGUGAGCGGCAGCAGCUCGACGCUGGAAGACGAGCGAGAACAGCUGCUGGGCAACAACAACCAUAACGGCAGCAGCGACAACCACACCGCCGGUAUGGAAAUCAUCAGCGGCUUCCCCGUCUGCCAGGAGCAGGCCGACAACUUCACGAUUCUCGCCGAGCUGAGGGACACGCUGCUACUGCCCAACGCCAGUCUGCUCGUCAACGAGCAGCUAGUGCCCUCCGAAGAGUUCUGCAUCGAGCGCAUCAGACACAACGGCAAGCAGGGUCAACACGCCAAAGUCUUCGCGUGCUCCAAACACGCCUCCAAGGGCUCCGGACCCGAGGCCAAGGACAUCCGAUUCACCUUGUACCCGGUGGGCUUCAUAAUCAGCGCUAUCUUCCUGGCGGCGACGUUGGCGACCGGCUUCCUACUGCCGGCAUCCCAUCACGUUCUCCACUGGAGAUGCCAGACCUAUCACGUCGCCUGCCUCAUGUUCGGCGAUAUCACCAUGGCUGCGAUACAACUUGCAGGGAAUUCGCUCAAGGGCGAUGACUGGAUCUGUCCUUUUCUCGCAAUCAUGGCGCACUUCUGCUUCCUGGCGACGUUCUUCUGGCUCAAUACGAUGUGCUUCAACAUCUGGUGGACCUUCAGGGACUUGAGACCGGCGAGUCUGGAGAAGGGCCAGGAGCUGCUGCGACUGAGGUUCUACGGAGCUUACGCCUGGGGCGGUCCGCUCAUCGUCGCCGGGCUGGCCAUCUUCCUCGACAAUCUUCCCGAGACGCCUGGCGAGACCUUCCUCAGGCCUCACUUUGGCCAGAAGAUGUGCUGGUUUGCUGAUGACAUGGAGAUCCUGGCUUACUUCUACGGGCCGAUCGGCGUACUGCUGGCGAUAAAUCUCAUCUUUUUCGCGGCGACCGCUCGUGAAUUGACGUGCGGCCUGUGGAAAGGCGAGUUCGUAAAGAGCACAACUGAAAGAUCGCGCGCCAUUCCGAGGACGAACGAAAGCGCAAGAGAUCGCAGUAAUCGUAGAGCCGCGCUGGGCAAGGUCUGCCUGAAGCUCGUGGUGGUGAUGGGCGUGCCGUGGAUCUUCGAGGUGAUCUCCUGGAUGGCCGGCGGCCCGGCUUUUCUCUGGUACGUCACGGACCUCUGCAACGCCGCCCAGGGCGUCCUCAUCUUCAUCGUCGUCGGCUGUCAGCCGCAGGUGCGCGCGGCCCUCAAGCGCUUCUGGUCCCGCAACCCUCGCGCCAACGCCAACCGGCAGGGCAACGGGCUCAGCACCACUAGUCACGGCAUGCCCAGCAUGGGCGAUAGCGUCACCCAGAACCCCAGCACCAAGACCGCGCCGCUGGAGACCAUUUGCUAAUCCGUGCAGGCGUCACCAGCCGCUGUUGCGUUCCGCUCUCUCGCGGUACGCGAGUACUGACGUUUGCGCGAGCUCUUUUUACGCGAGAGCCAAGCUCCGAUAACGAGAGAGUGAGCGCGUUUUACUAGCAGCCAGAAAAAGAGAUUCGGCUUUUACGGCUGGAUCGAUACGGCCCAGUCCGAUUUUUUACCGCCGCGAGAUAAAGCGGCGUUUCGGAGAGUCGGCGCUUUUGAAGCUCGCAUCGAUCGCGCUCUUCAAACGGGCGUAAGAGAUCGACUUUUUCCCCGCUGCAGUGUUGUAUUGACGAAAAUGCCUCGCGUUCAUCGAGAGCCGCAAGCGAAAUAGAGACAGGAGAUAAUUGCGGGGGAAACGCGAAACUUCGCCUCGAAAAAGGAUAGCGCGCUUCGACUUUUCCGACGCUGCAGAUCGAUUUACCCGCGACGACGAUGUAUGGAACAGUUGCGAGCGCUACAUUUGAAAUUCCCGCGCUGCGCGUUGCGGGAUUUCGCUGCGUUUCUCAUCACCCGGCGGACCUAAAGAUUUCUCUUCUUUUACCAAAUUCAAAGGCUCGCGUGUCUUGAGUUGGAUCUUUGUCAAUAAAUACACGGUCGGGUGCAUGCGUUUUUUUUAGCAAAGUCGAAACGACAAAUAUGAAAAGAAUCGGAACUAUUUUAUUCGUGUGAUCUAGGCUAUUCAAAGGAUGACAAAUCUUUACGUCCGCCGUCGAGGAAUUUCUUUCGAGUCAACGAUCAACGAGAUCAAAACGAUUAUUAAUUUUAAGAAGAAAGUCCGACCACUCUCUAUUAUAUGAUGCCCAUUUGUUCUGUAUUUCUUACUUUUUAACCCACUUCUGUAAAUAGUUAAGAUGUUUUCGCGAACCUAAGACUUCUAUGUGAUCAGUUUCGAAAAAGUCAACUGUCUGUAAGAUGCGAAUUUUCGUUCUACUGUAUGCACGUUUUCUAGUUUUAUACACGUCGACCUAAAGAGCCAACUUUUCUUUUUACACCCGCGAAAACCACGCGACAUGAAGCUACGCAAAUUUCCAAAAGCCUCGUUUCACACGUCGAAAAAACUAUGUAUUCAUGCACUUGCAAAACUCUUGCAUGGAAAUAGGCUUAGCGCUUUAUUUCGCUCAUUUCUGUCGCGCGGUUCGGCGACGAGCGCAACCGCGGUAUAAUUUCCAAAGGGCUGAUGAACAAAAACGGAAAAAAGAAUAUCUUCGACGGCGCGGUUUCCUCCGAAAGCUUUUUCGUCGUUCCCCACCAGGCUCGCGCGCGCGCGCGCGUUUUUCAAAUCGUUUUCACGAGUACAGUCAGGUGUGGCGCGAGCAAGCAAGUGAGAGGGACGACACGAUUCAUCCUUUCGAUGUCCGGCCCUUAGCAUAAAUUUGCAUAAGAGCCGCGCGCAAUUGCACUCGCUCUCCCGCUAUGGCGAUUUGCAUAUUUACAGGCUGGACGACGCAGGGAGUCCUCGUAGUCGUGCCCUAUCGAACUUUGCGCGCAAAGAGCCGAAGUCGCACUGGUUCAAUCUUUUUUUCGGAGCUGCGGCUGGAAACGCGCCUGACUACACUACACUGCCCAUUAGGACUCGAUUAAUGUUUAUCUUUUUGGUUCGGUACGUCGGUGGGAUCGAAAUUAGUUUGGCUUUUUAAUGUGAAAAUAUCGCGUGUUUGGAAGAUUUUUACUUGUUUUUGUCUUGUGAAAACAUUUUUUAAGAGAAAUCGUAUACUCAAUUUUUAUAUAAAGUUCAAGUCCAAUCUUUUUUACUUCGAUGAUAGAAAGCUUUUUAAGAUAGGACUGUAAAGAUACUUUAGUAGGAGAAGAAGCACACCGCCAAAAAAGAAGUCGAAAAGUUUGUUUUUAAAAAUAGCGAUCUAUCGCGUCCCUGUAGUGUAUGCACUUGCACGACUCGAUGGGAGCUUUUGGACGUCAUCUAUACCCAACGUUAUUGUACACCUAUACCACUUUUUUACUAUCGUUCUUUUAACAAGCGGGAAGAAGCCGGAUUUGUACAGUUCGUAGCGUAUAUAAAUGUAAUUACACGUAGAGUACGAUAAAAAAGCAACUUUUAUUGAUAGACAUUCGUGACAAUAAAAAACGACAUAAGUAAGAAAGAGAAUCGCUCGGACGCGUUAUCGAGGCCGACGUGUCUGGUGGAUCGUUCGGGAUUGAAAUAGCCUCCUCCCCGUCUCUCUUCUAUUGUGUACACGGACCGUAAAUUUAGACGAUCGAGCUCUCUCUCUCUCUCUCUCUCUCUCUCUCUCUCUCUCUCUCUCUCGGAACAUCGAUGGAAAGAAGAGCUCGAUCUCUCGUAUGCUUCUAUUCUGUACUAAUUUCGUAAGACAUUUUUCCGAAUUUACUAGAGACGAUCCACGAUUCGCUCGGUCGACCUCGCGACCGGCUGAUUUCGUAAAGGGAAUUCAAUGCCUUUUCAAAUUGCCUUGCUCACGUGGUGUUCACUCGUGCCGAAUUGUAUCUUCAAGCUUCAGCGGAGUCGAGGGCCCCAUGCGAUCUUCGCGAAUCGUCAAAAUGUCUCUUUAGUUAUAUCCGUAAUAAUAUUCAAUUUAAAAACACGCGCGAGAGAGCUAAAUUACAUCCGCCGUAGGCUUUUCAAAAAUAAGUUAUGUAUCCGUAGCUUGCAGUAAACUUUUUCAAGCUGGCUGUAAUAUACGUGCUAAUGAAUAGCUUACAAAUCGUCCGAAUCUGCAUUUAGAGAGAGAAUAAAUUCGAAUUUCUUAUUGCCGGUACUAAAGUUUUUCUCUCUCAAUGUCGCGCAAACCGACGCGCGAAUGACUUAUUAAACUUUAAUAGCAAGGUCGAAUGGAUGUACACUUCUCUCUCUCUCUCUCUCUCUCUCUCUCUCUCUCUCUCUCUCUCUCUCUCUCUCUCUCCGUAUGCAGCUUUGCUUUCAAAGGUGCAUCCGUCGUAAAUUACGCGUCUGACUUAUACAACACACUUGAGCUUCCCGCGCGAGCGAGUGAAAUACGCACACCGAGAUUAACAUUUUUCCGGCCAUUAAAUGCUCCUUGUCGCGUGUAUACAUCUAUUAAUAUUUAUCGUUCCUCUUUCGAGUAUAAACGUGCUUUCGAACUCUUUUUUAGACGCGUUUACAAAACGGGUGAUAUCGAUGAAAUUGACAGUAUCAUUUAAAAACUAGGAAAAAAUAAAAAAAGUGAGAAUAUUCGUGCUCUACAUCGUUUAUAACGUGUGAGCCGCACGCGCGCGUGCGGUUUACGAUGUCGCACAAUGGCUCGCUUUUGACGAUUCGCGAGGCUUGAUGAUAAAAAAAGAGAAAAAAAUAACGUGGCCCAUUCUCUCGCCGACACUUUGGGUAUACGAGCACGAAGCGGUUAAAGUGUCCACUAUUGUCGAAGGUGCGUUUACGAUCAAGUACUUUUCUGCACAUGCACGCGUGUAUUAUACACUGCGCAUUAGGCUUUGUUAUUUCGCGCGACUCUCGUCGUUGGAAUACUCAGCUCGACUUUUCUCUUUUCAUUUGGUAUAACGAGCAUUUUCCCUCCAAAGACUCUUUAAAGCUCGACUGGAGCUUGUAUUCAGCUUUAUUUUGUUUUUCUUAUAAACACGUUUCACACGAUCGUAGACACAUCUUGCGAGUUACGUAGAUUUACGAUUGCGGCUGCGGUGAGGACUUACGUGAAUCGUCGCCACUUCGAGGCGGGAAGAGAAAAAAAACUGGCGCACGUGUAUCACACAGGGUACAACCACGAAACAUACUUCGAAUCGAGCACUGAGAAACAAUUACACUGCGGUCGAUUCGUAUAUACAAUAGAUCGACGUCCUUGUCACUUUGAAUUAAAGCGCACACUGCCAAUGCCCUGAACACUGUUACGCAAAGAAACCCAGCUGAAGGAUGUCGAUUCGCGCAAGCCACCUCACCGCAAGUAGCAAAAAACCGUCAGAUUUGUUAUCGUAAGAGCAGUUAUGUAUAGGUGGGUAGAGUUUAGCGUUAGAAUGUCAGUCUUAUUAAACAUUAUGUGUACACGUCUGUAUUUGUAGUUGUACGUUCUUCAGGUGCAUUCGAACAAGAGACUGAAUAACACUGUAGGACACGUGGAGAGCACAGAACAAUACUUUGACGUAUCCAUCGGCACAGAACAGAAUGCCCCAUGCGUCGCGCGGUUAAUCGAUUUUCCUUAUCCUUUCGUUUUCUUUUAAUACCUUUUGUACGCAGAGCGAAUUUUUUCAAUGUUUUAGGCGACUUCGUGAUCGUCUUGCUUUUAUACCCGAGAGAGAAUGUGAAAAACGAACCGGCAGCGCAUGGGACAUUUAUAUUCCGGAUUGAAACAGGUCGUCUGCCCCCAAUAAUUUGAACGAUAAGUGGUAAAACACUAACGAUAAAGUAGGCAUUUAGUUCCUUACGUUAAGUAGCGACAAAUAUGUGAUACACAGAUAAAAGAGGCAGCGCGAGUCGGUGCGUGCGAAUCUCGCGUAGGCGUCGAGUAAUCGCAAUCAGUUGAACGACUUAAAACAUCUGAAAUUAUUAAUUCCAUCAAUUCGAAAUCCAACAGUCAAGUGCUCGGCUCUCGAGCGGCGAGAAGCUUCCAACUAACUUCGAAAUCGUUCGAGAGCCGCACGACACGAACUUCAGCACUUAAUCAAAUCACGUGACUUCAAAGAGCAAACAAAAUCUCGCGAAAAAAAAUGUACGAGCGUGACCAAGCCGUGUCUGGGUAUAAUCAACAAGUGGCAAAUUCGAGCCGCCGAGCCGUAUAAGUAUUAAUGCGAGGCGACUUCUCGCCGAAAGAGAAAAAGCGCAAAAAAAGAGCGAGCGCUACGGCAUACGUAUACACGCUCGUACAGAGGGAAAGAUCGUCGCGUCGAGAUUCGCACGCACGCACAGGACUCGCUGUAUAGCUGUCGACUUCGCGAGCGCGCGUUUAUACGUAUAUAUACACGAUAAAGCGUUAUUUAUAACGAGCUAUGAUGUUUUAAUAGGUCUAUAGGGGCUGUUUCGAUAGAGGCGCGCGCUUCGUUCCCCUCUCGGCCCUCUCAUAUAAUCGCAAAAGCGUGUAAUUAGUUGAUUAACGAGUAGGGUAACUUCAUUAUACGCGAAGCGAGCGCUAGCGAGAGCAAAAGAGAGGAGAGUCGUCAGGUCGAUCCCCGAGCGCGCGACGAAUGAGAUUAAGCUCCGCACUUCGUCGUUUGUAAAUAGCGUUAGAGCGUCAGUGCAUGUGUGUGGGUGGGUGAGUGAGUGACUGCGGAUGCGCUUUUGCGGUGGCGAACGCUCGCCGACAGAGAGAUAGAGCGUGUUUUACCCAAAUUUUCUUGGACAGGCAAUUCGGUGGCUUUGAUGUUGUUUGAUUAUUUUCCAAUGCGGUCGACGCGCUCGACAAUUUGCGCUCCAGCUAAACUCGAUGACGCUGAACUCGUGUGGUUCGAGAACGGACGGGUAAUCGCGAUUCGAAUGUGCGGUGUGUGAAAAAAUGCGCCAUCAAUGGUGUUGUACGAUCUGAGAUUUUCCGCUGGUUUGCGAUUUGGAAAUGUCGCGCGAAUGAAAGUAUUAAAUAAAUAAUUUAAAUUAUGAUCAAAUCAUGUGAAAGUAGAUGCAUUUUCGAUUUUCGAUAUUGUACGCGAACUCGGGAAAAUCUCAGGUCGCGGAUGUUUGGUGCGAUUGCGAAAUAAUGUGAUUCUUAUGAUGUACCGGUAAGCUUUAUACGUAUAUAUAAAGUAUUUCGAGUCUGGAAAGUAUGUUGAAGAUUGUCGAAAGGCAUUUCUGUAACUAUUCGUUUUGACAAUCGUUGAUUUAAUUUCCGACACCGUGGGGAACUGUACUUGCUUCUUUUUUUACCAAUUAACAACAACACCGUAAACUGUAAUUUUUUGUAAAUAGAUUUACUGAGAUUAACGCUGUGUUAUAUGAUUAUUAUGAUUAUAUGUAUAAUGCGUUACAAGAGGAUACAACGACGUAUUUCUUUUGCGUUUCAACGUACUUCACGUUUCUCUACCUUAUAUCUUGUUUUAAGAAACCACAAAGCAGAGUAUAUUAUAUGAAUAUUUCCUGGGUUAACAAUAAAUUCCAUUACAUUUAAAGAGUUAUAAAUAGAUAUAUAUGACUUAUUCCUGCAGCUACACACAGCUCUAUAUGUAUGUGCAUCGAUGAAAUAGUUAACUUUGUUGUUUAUACAUUUCAGCAAUCGAAAUGCUCGUGGCAUUUGCCGAUCGUCGAGUGUUGCGAGCCAUCAAACGCAUCCAAAUAAGCAGCGCGCAUCGAUCGGUUAACUGUUAAUCGAACAUGCGUCAGCUAUAUACUGUUUGUAAACUAUUAUGCACACUGUACUAUUGUAGCGUUUAGUCGAUCAGCGCGAAUUUCUAACUAAACGUGUAGAAUUAAAAUAGACAGUAAAAAGAGAAAAGGUCGAUGACGAGUACGUAUAAAGUAUUGCAAAUGGUUAAAUGUAUCUCUAAGAUUCAUUAGUGAUGUACCUUAGCUGUAAGCCUAGUGAUAAGCGGAGGAAUAAAGUAUGUACGUAGAGUAAAGCACGUUGAUCGAUAUAUUUCUAAUUUAUUAUUGUAGUCAGUUGAAGUUUUUCAUUUUCUACGUAAUUUUAACUUUAUACGUACGGUACCUUGCCAGUAAAAAAGAAGUAGGCUUAAGGCGAGAUAAGCGCAGAGAUUCUUGUAGAGAUUUCUCAAAGAGCCAAGAUCGAACAAAGACUCGGACGAGAGAAAAACUUUUUUUUGUAUUUUAACCUAUAAAAAGUGAAAGAAAAUAAAAUGUACUACACGAGAAGCAACAAGAAAAACAUACACGAAAAUUAUAUACAUGUAAUAGGAGAAGAAAAAAAACUAUUACGACUCGUAAUGAAAAUUAUUUGUGGAAAACCUCUGGCUCGUUACACGGUGCAAGCCACCCGAAACUCGAAGAAGUAAGAAUAAACAAAGGAGGCUAUAUAUAAUAAAUAUAUAUACAUGAACAUAAAUAUAUAAAUGGUAAUACAAGAAUCGAACCCUAUAAUAACACAGUAUAAAUGAUGGAAAUAGCGAUGAAUCAUUGGUAAACGGUUGUAGCGGACAGUAUAACAGUAGAGAAUAUGAAGAGAAUAAAAUAGCGUUAAUCUAAUCAUCGCACUCUAAUGCGGUCUGUUAGACAUCAGCCAAUGCUAUACGUUGUAUUCGAUGAUAUUGUAAACGCCAAUGUUUAAAGAAACAAACUAUAAGAGAUCGUCUGUUGUCGCCAAUCGUACACCAUUCCUACGAUAUAUCGUAACAGUAUUGCUAUGUCGCACUAAUAAAGAAAUAAAAUAAAGAGAACCGUUAGUACAACUACAA